AGGGCCCAGGGGAGUCGCUUUGGAGAUAACCUGCUGCCUUCCUCCCUCCAUCCCCAGCCCACCGAGCCCAAGCUACCCCUCGGUGUCCGCUACCACCACCUUAGGCCCCCUGAGACAUCCCCUCACCUGGCCCACACCUGCCCCUCCGGGCACUGCAGCGACCCCGACACCCCCACUCGGCCCAUCGUCGGCGCACUUGCCCCCCCCCCCCCCCCUCUUGUUUCCUCGGUCUGUCCACCGCCCAGACCUUUGGGUGAGAACCGGAGAGCAGUUUCUAUUCCAAAAGGAUGGCUCCACACAAAGUUACAAUGGAAUCAAAGGCUGCUGCUUCAAAUCUUCUAAAUGCAUUGCAUUCUUUCUAUCAACUUGGCCAUCUCUGUGAUGUGACUGUCCACACAGAGCAUCUUGGGGUUCAAGAAGAGUUUGCAGCUCACAGAGCAGUGCUGGCUGCCUCUAGCAAUUACUUCAAAGAAAUAUUCCUCAGGGAUGAACUGUCUGAGAAAAAGGAAACAACGGUCACAUUGCAGGAUAUUUACACUGAGGAUUUUACCACUUUUUUAGAAUUUGUAUACACAGCAAAAAUGGAGAUUGAGCCUCAGAAAGUAUACCGAAUGCAGGAUGUUGCUGAAAGACUGGAAUGUAAAGAUCUUGUUGAAGCUUGUGCACAUCUGAAGGAUGAGCUAUUAGAGAAGAACCCAGAUUUAAAGGUACAAGUUUGCCAAGAGUAUCAGUUUGCUGAUAAGCCUAGAAAUACUUGGACUACAACAAACUCACAGCAUCUGGACAGUCAGGAGGUAGACAGUUCAUCGAGAAUUAUUGCUACACCAAUGAAAAACAGACUUUGGGACAAACUAUCAAAAAAGAAAACCUUGGAUACUGGCCAAUCACCAACGGAACACUGCAAACAACAGGGAAAAGCAAAGGAAGUCACUGAGUCAAUCACUGUUAUUGAUCCUAGCACAGGAAAAGUUAAAUCAACUACCUAUACCACAGAAGAGGUGAAUAAAGAAGAUGCUGAUAGUGGCGAUGAUCUUGGUCAAAAAGAUGAUUGUAAAACUGAUUCAAUAAGCCAGACAGAAUCACCAAAAACACAAAUUGUGAUCAAGAAAUUACAUUGUUUGGGAGAUGACGAUGAAAUGCAUGAUGAGUUUGAUGGCUCAGAGAGUAAUGAACUGAAAAAAAUUACCAGGAGUGUGUCCAAGCGUAUGCCUCAGAGUUACACGUGUGACAAAUGUCACCAGAUUUUUCACUUCUUGAAACCAUAUCAAACUCACAUGAAUGUUGAGCAUGAUAUUACUAUUGUCAUAAAGUAUAGCUGCAGUAUGUGUUCUCAGCUUUUUUCCAAUCAUCAGAACCUAAGGCAGCACAGACUGACUGUUCACAACAAUGAGCGCCCCUUUGCCUGUUCACUGUGCGACAAGCGAUUUAAGCGGCAAAAGGACAUCAAUGACCAUGUUAGGAGAGUGCACGAGAAGAGAAGGACUCCUCAAACCUGUCCUUAUUGUGACAAAAUUAUUAGUUCAAAAUGUGGACUCACUGUUCACAUCAGAACACAUACUGGUGAAAAACCAUAUAAAUGCCAGUUUUGUCCAGCAAGCUUUGCUCAACGGUCUGCUUACAACACUCACGUGAGAAAGAUACAUGAAUCUGGUCAAGAGAAGAAACCACCAUUUAUUUACUGGAAAAUGGUGCCACAAAUAGAUAAGUCAGAUAACACAGCUGAUUCUGUCAUGGACAUCAGUGGUGACAGACACAGUUGGGAUAAACCAGAAGAUAAUGACUUGGUCAUGAACAUUAGCAAUUACAAGGAAACAUGUCAUGAGAAAGAGCAACAUAGCACAUCUGAUGCAGAGAUUGGAUGCAAUAAUACAAAUGAAAUAGAAGAGGAGAAAGAUAAAGGUAGCAAGAUUGCACAAAAUAGUUCAUUAAAUAACAAAGAAGCUAAUGUUAAGAAUGAAGAAGAUACUGGAGAGGAUGAAACUGAAGACUUGGAAAAUGAAGAUGACGAUAACGAUAAUGACACAGAGUAUGAAGUAGAAGAUGAUGAAGAAAAUAGUACAGAUGAUGAUGAUGAUGAUAAUAGUAAAGAUGAAGACUAUCAGAAUGAGCAUGAUCCUGAACCAAACUAUUCUGAUGAGGACGUUGAUGUAAAGAAAGGCAGUAAGAGGGGAAGAUCACGAAAGUCAAAUCAUAAAAUAAAGUGUGACAAAUGUGAUGAUGAAUUUAAUUCCAGAAAGGAUUAUGUGGUUCAUUGCAAAGAUAUUCACCAGUCAUUACCGGGAAAAGUCUAUCACUGUGAGAUCUGUGGGAAGGCUUUUGCAACGCACAACAGUUGGAAAGAACAUUGUGCUUGUGUUCACAGUGAUGAAAGGCACUUUGCCUGCACCUUAUGCAAUGCAACUUUUAAGAGAAAAAGAGAUGUGCGGACACAUUAUGCACGGAAGCAUGAAGGGCGUAUUAAACGUCCACUAUGUUCUGUUUGUGGGAAAAUUCUGAGCUCACGAACAGCACUGGUGUUUCACAUGCGGACACACACUGGAGAGAAGCCUUACGAAUGCUCCAUUUGCCAUUCUCGAUUUGCCCAACCAUCACAGCUGAAAAUACACACAAGGUCUCACACUGGAGAGAAACCCUAUAUUUGUGAGGACUGUGGAGCCUGUUUCACCGAUAAGGCUAAAUUAAAUGGGCAUAAGAGAACACACACAGGAGAACGCCUUUUCGGAUGUGAUGUAUGUGGCAAACAUUUUGCCACCAAUGAAUACUUGAAAUGUCACAAGCGAUGUCACAUGGGUGCCAAACCUUAUAAAUGUGAUGUUUGUGGGAAAACCUUUGGGUUGAGAGCCUCCUUGGCCCAGCACAGCAAUAUACAUGCAGAAACACGUCCAUAUUUUUGUGAACAGUGUGGAAAGACUUUUACCCAGCAAGGAGCGCUUCGACGUCACCAGCGAAUUCACACAGGGGAGAAGCCUUAUAAGUGCAAGGCUUGUGAACGAACUUUCACAGACAUGUCCACUUUGAGAAGACACGUUUCUGUUCAUGACCGAAAUGCUCACUGGCGAUCAUACUUGAUUGAUCUUACCUCAAAGAAAGAUCAUAAUUGGUCAAAAAUUGAAACUUUAGGCGAUGUUUGCCUUUCUGAUGACCCUGUACCUGUGAAAUGGAUGAAUAUUCGGACUGAUCUACCAGUGGAAGGAAUACAGCCUGGUCAUUGAUCAUUAUUACUAAAAUAGAUGGACACAACACAGUAUGUAUUGUCUUCAAACUUACAAUGAAAAAUUGGAUAUAUUUUUAAUUUUAAUGCACUGUUUCUGUGAAAAGUUAGUAAUAAUUCAAUCAUAUACACCACAUUCACAGCUUCAGUUUGUCAAAUGUACAGUAAUCAGCCCAAUUUUCAUUUUUUAGGGCUUUUAUUGGGCAUCUGUUGGAAUUUUCUGAGUUUAGUCCAGCAAUUCAAACCAGAAAUAUUCUAAGUCUUUCACUUUGAUUUGGUGAUAGUGGGGUAUAAUGCGUAAUCAUCGUCAGACAUUAUUUAUUUCCUACAGUUAUAGUGAAUAUUUAGUAUUUUGCUGUUGGAGAUCAGCAUAUCAACAUGGCAUUAUCUAGUAUU